ACUUAGUGUUACCUGGGAAAGGACUUUUUUACGAGCAAGUCACGCAUUACGUGAAUUUAAGUUGAGUUAAAAAGGAGAAUUUAAGUAAAAGAUUUCCUGAGGCACCCUUCAAGCCCGAGUAUCUAGCGACAAGUUGACCCGGCGGGAUACUUUUAAAAAAGUUUAAUAAAAAACUUUGGUCACGGGGUCACUACAAGGUUCCUUCAAGGCUAGAACGAAAAGCUAUUUUUAAAGAAUCGACAGGUUCGCGCGUUUCCUGAAACACUGCGGCUUUUAAAGUUACACCCAGAGGUAAAAUAAAGGACAAGGUCUCAAGGGUUGUAAAAAACAUGAGGGUCACAGAUAGGUAGUUGGAAAAAUUUUAACGGGGUGACAGAUUGUCCGAGUAUGCUUCCCAACAGUAAAUCGGUUUAUGACCCCUAUGCCCAUUUUACAAUCAGUGAAAGGACAGGAGCUAGUAUGCCUAACAUAGUUCGGUAUCGUAUAUUGAGGGAAAAAAAAUUUUUAGAGUUGGAGACGAAUUCUUCGUUGAGCCGAUCGUAAAACUUGGGUCCGUCGGUGCACAAAACCAUCCGAAUAUUGAUUCCUUCGACUGGGUGACCUCGCUGCUGCCGCAAAUACCUACUUUUAGGGCCCUUUAUUUUUUUUACACCCUCAAAGCAUUUCUUCAUCCGUUUAUAUGUUAGUUUGAAGGACGUUCUUCUGUUCGGGUUGUGGGACAACACUAGUUAUAGUGGGGUUAAAUUACUCUUAAGUCUUAGUUUUAGUUCUUCUUUGGAUCUUUACGGGAAAAGAUGUUUGCAAUACUUCAGUAAGCGAUGUGACAAGUCAGUAGAUUCCGAAAAAUGUACGUUGUAGUUUCGAAACUUUGAAAAAAAUUUCUGACGUGUUUCAACCCGUUAUUUUUGUUAGUUUCUAAAGUGAAAGAAAGUGUAAAAUGUGGAUAUUCGUAACAAAAUGAGCUUGGAAGAUAACAUCCGCAGCGAGGCGCGGCAACGGUUCGAGAUCACCAGCUGGUCCAUAUUCGGUGGAGGGGAACAGAAAGAUGGCUGUUGUGUUGAGACAGACCUCACAUCGCAAUCCGAUGUUUUUAUUAGCGAAAAUGAGAGUCGGAAAAAAGAGAAAAAAAUCGUCGGAUUGGAUCCGGCCACGCCCAAUCACAAGUUAUGCGGCCAUCUUGCUGUUUCAUUACACCACGUGAGUCAGUGUGGUAAACCUUACGUAGAAUCAGCUACCCGGCUUUCAGUAAUCAUUCAGGUUAACAUCAUUGCCAAGCCAAAUGCUGCGGGUCUCCUAUUUACCGUUGAUGUAUGGAAGUUAUGAACUUCUUGAAAUUAUCCACAAA